AUGUCCUUUUCUAACUUCUCUAAGAUCGAGACUGUGCAAGAGUUGAACAGCUUCUUGGCUGACAAGUCCUACAUCGAAGGUACUUCUGCCACCCAGGCCGAUGUUGCCGCCUUCAAGGCCUUCCAGGAGACCUACCCAGAGUUCUCCAGAUGGUUCAACCACAUUGCCUCCAAGCAGGAGGAGUUUGAGUCCUUGCCAGCUGCCUCCAAGGCUGCUGCUGCCGAAGAGGAGGAGGACGAGGACGACGUCGACUUGUUCGGCUCCGACGACGAGGUCGACGAGGAGGCCGAGAAGUUGAAGGCCCAGAGAUUGGCUGAGUACAACGCCAGAAAGGCGGCCAAGCCAAAGCCAGCUGCCAAGUCCAUUGUCACCAUGGACGUCAAGCCAUGGGACGACGAGACCGACUUGGAGGAGAUGUUGGCCAACGUCAAGUCGAUCGAGAUGGACGGUCUAUCCUGGGGUGCUCACCAGUGGAUCGCCAUUGGUUUCGGUAUCAAGAAGUUGCAGAUCAACCUUGUUGUCGAGGACGCCAAGGUUUCCUUGGACGACUUGCAGCAGUUGAUUGAGGAGGACGAGGACCACGUCCAGUCCACCGACAUCGCCGCUAUGCAAAAGUUGUAA